CAGACGGACUUGGUGGCUGCAGAUGAAGUUUUUCAGUCAUACUGCACCGUGGGACUUUUAGGAAUUCAUAUUAACCUCCCAGACUUUCUAUCUCCUCACUGACAUGUUGCGAUGUUCCGUGCAGCCUUACAAAACGUGGACUUGCUUUGGGUGAUUUUGUUGUAUUGUGUUUUUCUCCCGAACCCUGGCUGUGGAUCAGCCGAUGCAGACAGCUGUCAUGAGGUGAAGACAGCCUACAUGAUGCGCCAGAUAGGCCCGGUGGAGCUGGUGCCAGACAGGCCGGGAACAGAUGAGUCUCUCCGCGUGUGUGUCCACCCGGGGCCCAGCUGCUGCACCAGUAAGAUGGAGGACAGCUACAUGGCGGCUGUGCGCAGUGAGACCCAGCAGAAGAUGCGAUCCUACAGCUUCGAGCUGAAGUACCUGAUCGCUGGACACAUGAAGGCCUACCAAGAGACCUUUGAGUCACUGGUAUCCUUCACAUCCAACCUGACCAGCACUCUUUUCGACAGUGCUUACUCUGCACUGGCAUCCGACUGCCGCCCCAUUGUGUUUCAACUGUUCAGCGACAUCAAACGACACCUUUCCGGGGACUCUAAAUCCUCAUUGGACACCGCUGUGCGUCGGUUCUACAAUGAUCUUUUCCCGUUGGUCUACCGUCGCCUGCUGAACCCUGGGAUCGGCCACAUGUCACCCAAGUCCCAUUCCUCCCCCUCCACCAAUCACGAUGACUGUCUGCGGAUGACGCGGCAGGAUGUCAGCCCGUUCGGACCCCAUCCUCGCCUUCUGGUCAGCGGCCUGUCCCGUGCGCUCAGGGCGGGCCGAGCAGUGAGCCGACUGCUGAGACUGGCCGGAGAGGUCGUGAACGCAACAGAGAAGUUGACAUUAUCCAGAGAAUGUGGGCGGGGCUUAGUGAGGAUGCAGUACUGCUCCCACUGCAGAGGGAUGACUCUGAUACGGCCCUGUACCGGACUGUGUGUCAACAUUAUGAGAGGAUGUCUGGUGGGGGUAUCAGAGCUUGGCGCCCCCUGGGGGAGUCUGGUGGUGUUGCUCCAACGGUUAGCUGCCAUGUUAGCAACAAGCAGCAACCACAACAGCAUGGAGUUAGCGCUGUUAGCAGUCCGGAAUCACGUGAAUGAUGCUAUACUGCACGCUCAGCUGCACGGGCCACGCAUUACAGCCACAGUAGAGAAGGUAUGUGGACCCCAGGCAGUAGGUCCCUUAAUGCCAAAUGCAAAUCCCAUCAACUGGCAGUAUACAGCGUCUGUGAGCCCUGCUGCAUCAGUGACGUCAGAGAGGUCAGAUGUGACAUCGCCGCCCUCAGCAGGUCCUGCUUCUCAUCGUCUGCCGCCACAAUCCAGGAGGCCAUUUCCCCUUAAAGGCUCCAGAGGAGACAAAAGUCGAAGCCUGAAAAAACUGUCUAGGGAGUUUGAGGGCUCCAUCCAGCGGUACCAGUGGUUUUUCUCUGAGCUGCCAGAGAUGCUUUGUGAAAGUGAGAUGGAGGUUGAGCAGCACACAUGCUGGAGUGGUCAAGACGUCGUAGAAAGUUAUGCAGGUCGUGUUGUUGGCAGCAGUUUAAAAGCCCAGAAGGAGAACCCAGAGAUGUCCGUCCGUAAUACAGAUCCUGUCCUGAAGGGGGCCCAACAGAGGCUGGAGCAGCUUACACAGGAGCUGUUAGUGGAACUCGGCUGGGCUAGCAAAAGUAGAGGAAAUGUGGAGGAAGAGGAGGGAGGGAGCGCACAGACAGAAAGAGGGAGUGGGGACGACUGCGAUGAUGAAGAUGGCUGUGAAGCAUCUGGUGUGGAAAACGGUGAAGAAACAGGUGAUACAUCAAGCGGUCGGAGUCCAGCGACAAAAAACCUGGCUCCUCCUCCUCCUCGCCACCCCGUCCCUCCUGAACACCUUCCCCCUCCAAAGGUGGCUGUUCGGGGCUCAGCCCACACGUUGUCUGUUGAUUCUUUGACGCUGUGGACCCUGCUGCUCCUGCUGCUGUCACAAUGGGAACACCGCUGAUCACAGAGGGACUGUCUGACAGAGACAAAAAGACUGAAAGACAACCACACGUGUUUAGUGGUGAAGAUGAGUAUUUGGAGUUUCUGUAAGCAGGAAGCACUCUGAAUGAUUUUUGGCUGGGAUAAGAUUCAUCACAGUUGCAGGUGCACAGUAUGCAUUUUAAUGUUACCUGUACUUACCUCUACAUGUGUUUGUUUAUGUGUAUUUAACUUUGCUAGGAUAGAUUGCACACCACUACUGACAUUUUUUGAAGAGAGAUGUAAAUACAAAUAUAUAUAUAUUAUAUAUUUAUAUAAAGGAUUUAUAUAGAUGGCUUGAUGUGUAAGUAGAGAUUAAUAUAGAGCAGAAGUGAUUGACUGAUGUAAAGGAGUGUUUUGUUCAGUCGGACAUUGACAUUAUGUAACCCCCAGGGAGACUAAGAUCUAUGACAGCUAUGGUUCAAGUUGAGGCCUCCAUUGUGGCAGCAAGGUGCUUACAGUGAAGACACAAGCUUUGUUGUUGAAGAGUACUCAGCCGUCGAUGAGCAAAACAACCAAUUAUGUGACACUUCAGGCCAUUGACAGAUGGCCAUGCAGCAUAAUGAAGAAUUUGACAGUUUGUCUUGUAAGUCUGUGCAGACUGAAGCCCAUCCGGCACUGUUUUCUUUUCACGCAAACAUGCUCUAUUGUUCAUGAAAGCCUGGCAAGUAUCCUGCAAAGUUGAACACACACACACACAAACACACACAAUUUUAUUUCCUCCAAAAAUGAUAUUUUAAUGGCAGUCAUUUCUCCCAGGAAACUGUGUCUUCAGGUAGUUUAUCCUGUAUUCACAAAUAAUACCUUUUAUUGUCUUGCGUGCAAAAACUGAGUUAAGGCUAUGUUCUUCUCAAGAUGCAUAGUCUGGUAAACUGUAAAAGCACUACAAGGUCACAGUCACCCUUGACCGAAACUCUCACAACACAAUGCAAUAGAAUACAAAAUGUGACCCUCGUUUAAGAAAAAAACGAUAACCCUCGGUCUAAACAUUGAAUCAUUUGACAUCUUGUUUUCAUAUACCAAUACUCCUGUCAUAUUGAUUUGAAAUACAGCUUGUCUCUAAUUGUAUUAAUGAGAACUGUUAUAGUUAUAAAGUAUUUAGGCCACCCAACAACAUACUACGUACUGUAUGUUUGUUUUUUUUUAAGUCUGACACACGCUAUCAGUCUGUCUCUGUGUCCAGUGAAGACGAGAGAUUAUCACAUGAUUUAAAUGUAAUGUUAAUUAGGACCAUCAAGUUCUCUCGGCUCUCUGUUCAGCCUCAAACUGCACACAGCAACAGGACAGACAACUGGAAUACUGAUUAAAACGUUCAAAAGGGAGCAAAUGAACCACUGUUCCAGCUUGUGAAUAACUUUUGCGUUCAAUAUUUCCCGUGUAGUCUUAAUUAAAAGGCAGAAUUCCCACACGACCUCACCUUUCUCAUGGAGGAAUGUGCAUGACAGUUGAGAUGACUAAAGAUAUAACAUCAAGAACAUGCAUGACUUAUCCGGGCAGUGAGCGCAAACACCAUGUAAGUUAGUGGGAUGCUUUAACACCACAAAGUGUGCCAUUAUUUGAUUACUAUUUAAAUAGUAUAACCCAAAUUAGAUCGAUGAGAUGAGGUUUUGGAUUUGAGCUAACCACUAGCUCUUGUGAUACGUCCUACAUAAACUAGCACCAACACACACACACACACACACACACACACACACACACACACACACACACACACACACCAAUGCACAUAAAGAUGUGUUAACAUUUAAGAUGCUUUUCACAACCGAGUGUGUUGUGACAUUAAUGUUAGGAGUUUUAAAAAGGGAGUUCAUAUGCUUAUGUACUGAACAAAACAGGAAAUAAUGAGCUUUGACAUCUUCAAAAGAAAUCAACUGCAAAGUGAAGCUGGAAAUAAUCAUUCGUCGUUACAAGUUGUGCGGCUACAAGCUGUGAAUCAAAGGUUGAAUUGUUGAGAAAACUUUGCCAUGAAUAAAGUGUGAGUCUUGUGAGUGUAUAUUUGUAAAUGAGACUGAGCGAUAUUUUUCAUAUCAAGCAUAGAAGUGACUUUCUGUUGUUCCUCUUGUACUCUGUUGUUAUAAUGGUUGCCAUGUGCCAUGGAAGGAAUUGUAUUGUGUCACAGCAAAUCUUUUUUGGUACUUUUUCAAGGUUUAACAGCUUGUUUUGUGUAGGAUUCUAAUGUUGUUGUAUGUAGGAUUAGGAUAGGAAGGUUUCGCUCCCCAGUAAACUAAAUCAGUGACUCUAGUGUUAUAAGUGAUUAGAAAUACUGUAAUACACUGUGUCCUUCUAUUCUUUUUUUGUCAAUAAU